UUUGCCUUCUGAAUGCCAUAAAAUGGAAUUGUCAUUCCAUGGCCCUUUGGUUUAAAUUCAUUCUUCGACUUUUGUUGAUAGCAGAAAAGACAAGGAAGGACUUCAUUCUCUGCUUUCAUGCCUUUUCCAUUGUCAUUGCUUUUAUCUUUCUGCAUGCUACUGUUAUGAAAGGACAUCUUGAGCAUUAUCAGCUACCUAUAUUUGUUCAUAAAAGAGAAGUUGCCUUGGGCUACCCAAAAAUAAAAUGGAGAGAGAGUGCAAGCCGCUGCGCUUUCCGGAAGAAGAUGGCUCAAGACUGGCCUUUACUUGCUGUGCAGAAGGCCCUGAAGAAGUGCUUCCCAGCGGUGGAGGAGCAGCAGGGCCUGUGGGAGAGCACCCUGCAGGACUGCUCGCCGCUCCUGGCCUCCCUCAGCAACCUGGCAGAGCAGUUGCAGACCGCGCAAAGCAUGCGGUUCCAAGAUGUGCCGGCGCUCCGGGCCUUCCCCGACUUACAGGAGCAGCUGAGGCGCAAGCAGCUGGCGGCUGGGGACAUUGUCCUGGACAAGCUAGGGGAGAGGCUAGCCACCCUCCUCAAGGUGCACGACACGGUCAGCAGCCAUGUGGAGCAAGUGUUUCGGAUCUAUGAGCAACAUGCAGACGUGGUCGGUCUUGAUGCUGUUCUGCAGCCCUCGGCUGAGAGCCCUUCUGUGGCUGACAUGUUGGAAUGGUUGCAAGAUAUUGAGAUACAUUAUCGAAGUUCUUAUCUGAAGAGAAAGUAUCUCUUUUCCUCCAUCCAGUGGGGAGACUUGGCAGGUAUCCAAGCAUUGCCCAAAGCCUGGGACCAAAUUUCAGCAGAUGAACACCAAGAUCUUGUACAAGAUAUCCUACUGAAUGUUUCCUUGUUCCUGGAAGAGUAAGGAAACUUCACGUUUAUGUGGAGACCAAAAGCACCACAGUUGAAGACUGACAUUGCUGCAUUGUGAUAUUUCUAAAGAAACAUCAGCAUAACAACCUGACAUGUUUGAAAUAUCAAUGCCUAAAACCUAAGGACUGGGUCCUGAGAGGA